AUGAUGAUGAAGAUAAGGAUGAUGAUGGUGAUGAUGGUGGUGGUCUCUGUGUCUGCGGCUCCUUUUCCUCCAUCAUUCAACUCCAGGUGAGGCAAAAGCAUUAGAAUCAAUUUGAACUUAUUUGAAACCAAAAUCUGUGAAAAAUCAGUUUCAAUUAAUUUUUUUUUUUUCUGUCGGCAGUCAGGAUGGAGAGAUCACAGAGAGUCCUUACCUGCACAGGUACCCUCAGGAAAACUACACCAGGUAGGGAAACAACUCAAUCAGUUUUCUUUUUUAUGUACUCUACUGUCUGUGUGCAUGUUCAUGUGUGUUUGUAUGUGUUUAUAUGUGUUUGUGUGCUUCUUUACAGAUCUGAGUUUGGUCAACAGGUGAACUCUACAGAGUUUGAGUUUCAGAGGUCAGUUUGAAUUUUCAUAAGACAAACAAAAACAUGAAACAUAUGCUUGACUUUAAAAAAUAAAUAAAUAAAAGUGUAGUUCUUUUAAAAUACUUGAUGUACAUAAUCUUGAUGUAAAAAAAACUUUCAUAAUUGUGUUUUUUCAAGUUCCGGGAACACCUCUUUUGGAAUUCAACAUUCUCUGACGUAAGUGCUUUUAUUCUGAAAGUAUUCAGCCAGCUGCAAAUAAAGCUUGUCUAUUUUGCAUGUUUUUUUUUCACCAAGAAAACCACCAGCAAGAUGAUCAGAUAUCAUUCCAUAUAAUAAUCUGUGCAUAUAUUAACUUGUAGACAUGCUCACCUGUGAAAUACUUACCUAUGAUCAUACUGAGACAUCGGCACAUUUACCUCUAAACAUACUCACCUGUAAACAUGCUCACUUGUAAACACAGUUACCAGUGAAAUCCUGCCUCCUUUACAUACAGACACGUCUCACUUGAAGUCUUCUCAGUUGUUGUCCUUACUGUUCUCUCACCUCUAGUCUCAGUAGAUGUGGCUGCCCCCUGCCUACCUGUCUGACUGUGAACUUGGCCUGUGGCAUGCAGGGUGGUGAUGAGAAGGCAGGUGAUUUAACCAAAAACCCUGUGGGCCCUGGAAAGAAAUAA